AUGCCGUCCGCAGUUACCGCCGAUACUUUCGAGCCUCUGGCCAUCAUAGGUCUCUCCUGCAAGUUUCCAGGAGAUGCGGACACCCCAGAAUCAUUUUGGCGCAUGAUUGAAGAGCGAAAAUGCGCUAUGAAGGCAUGGCCAGAGGAUCGAGUGAAGCUUGAGACAUUCUCACAUAGAGAUUCAAAGGAAUUCAUUGCUGGAGCUCAUUUCAUGAAAGAAGAUCCAACGCUCUUCGACGCCUCAUUCUUUGGAAUUGGCGGCGCCGAGGCCGCCGUCAUGGAUCCCCAGCAUCGCAUGGUGCUUGAGACAGCAUACCGCGCCUUUGAAAAUGCGGGUAUCCCCAUGGAAAAGGCCAACGGCACCAAGACAGCCGUAUAUAGUGGCUGCAUGACAAACGAUUACACACAUAUGGUGACUCGUGAUCCCGAAAACAUCCCCAAGCACGCCUCUAUUGGUACGACGGCCAGCAUGGUGGCGAAUCGCCUCAGCUGGUUCUUCAACCUGAACGGCCCAUGUGUGAAUCUCGACUCGGCCUGUUCGAGCAGUCUGAUGGCGUUCGACAUGGCCUGCACCUCACUUCGCGUCAAGGAUGCGGAUAUGGCUCUCGUCGCAGGAGUGAGUGCCAUUCUAGGGGCUGAAACUAUCAUAUCCUUAAUGAACAUGAGCUUUUUGUCGCCCGACGGCCGCAGCUACAGCUUCGACGCCAGAGCCAAUGGGUACGGAAGGGGCGAAGGCUGCGGCGUCGUGGUAGUCAAGCGUCUAGCUGAUGCAGUCCGUGAUGGCAAUGUUAUUCGGGCCGUGAUAAGGUCCACGGGCUCCAACCAGGAUGGUUAUACGCCAGGAAUCACGCAACCCAGUCGCGCAUUGCAAUCCCAGUUGAUUCGGGAUACCUACGACAAGGCAGGUCUGAAUUUUGAGUCGACGCGAUUCUUCGAGGCGCAUGGCACUGGGACAGCGGUAGGUGAUCCCAUCGAGGCGGAAGCCAUCGGUAGUGUGUUCCGCAAGGCGCGUUCGCCGGACGACCCUCUGUAUAUAGGGGCGGCGAAAUCGAAUAUCGGCCACCUCGAGGGUGGCAGUGGUAUUGCAGCCGUGAUCAAAACGGUGUUGGUGCUCGAGAAGGGUAUUAUCCCACCCAAUUCGGUCAACUUCGAAUCCUUGAACCCUGAAAUUGAUGCCGAGUUCCUGAACAUUAAAAUCCCAACCAAGCCGAUCGCCUGGCCAACCCCCGGCUUGCGACGGGCCUCUGUCUCGUCAUUCGGAUAUGGUGGCUCGAAUGCGCAUGUUGUGCUGGACGACGCGUAUCAUUACCUGCAGCAGCAUUCUCUGGAUGCUCCUCAUUGUACUUUGCCCGAGGGCCACUCCAAUGCCACUAAUGGGCACGCACCAGAAUUGACAUCACGGCUUCUCAUUUUGUCUGGUGAGGACGAAGGCGCCAUUGGUCGUAUGGUUGAUGCCUACAAGCAGUAUGCAAACUCAACCAAGAUUCCACACGAGAAAGAGUCCCGUUUCUUGGGUGAAUUAGCUGAGACAUUAUCGGCUAAGCGUAGCCAGCUAUCAUGGCGUGCUUAUAGCGUUGUGGACUCGCUGGCUGCUCUCAAGGCCCUGCACACCUCUAUAUCCAAGCCAGUGCACAUAAACAGGUCUCUAGCACUGGGAUAUAUAUUUACCGGACAGGGAGCCCAGUAUUAUGGCAUGGGCCAGCAGCUUGUCCGUUAUCCGGUGUUUAAGAACAGCCUUCAGCUCUGCGAUGAUGCGCUUCGCUCAUUUGGUUGUUCCUGGUCAGCAUUUGAUCUCUUGGCCCAGGCGGACGACGAAAGCUUCGACAUCAAUAACCCGGAAUAUUCGCAGUGUUUGACCACCGUACUGCAAAUUGCCUUGGUUGAUCUUCUUUCCUCGUUUGGAUUUGUGCCGUUGACUGUCAUCGGUCACUCCUCUGGCGAAAUUGCUGCCGCAUAUGCCGUCGGCGGACUAUCUCGUGAAUCCGCGUGCCAGGUAUCCUACUUCAAAGGGCUUUAUGCAAGCACCCUUCGCAACGGCAAUGCAUCCAUGCUAGCGGUGGAUCUGUCGCGGUCCAAUGUCCAACCAUACCUAGAGGCCCUUCGCUCGAAUACGCCGGGAAAUAUCACCGUCGCCUGCAUCAACAGCCCGAACAACGUGACCAUAUCUGGUGAAAAUCCUCUGGUCGAGACACUCCAGUCCAAGUUUGAGGCCGAUGGCAUUCGGUCCCGUCGUUUGCGCACGGGUGUUGCAUACCACAGUUCUCAGAUGCAGGCCAUUUCCUCCCUCUACAGGGAUUCUCUGCAGGGACUGACGGCCGGAUCGCCCAACAAAACCCUGAUGGUCUCUACAGUGACGGGUUCAACUAUUGUUGACCGCAAGGUGCUGUCCACGCCAGACUACUGGGUCCGCAACAUGGUCGAGCCCGUGGAAUUCUGCGGCGCCAUGACUGAAAGCUUCUCACACACGGGCGCGAAGAAUCGCAAGAUUGGCAUGCCAGUCAAGCACGCUAUAACGGACUGGGUAGAGAUCGGCCCUCACGGAGCCCUGCAGCGGCCAUUCCGCGAAACCCUGCGUGCUGCUGCUGUCAACAGUAACGUGCGAUAUGUGGCCACGCUCGACCGUCGCCAGUCUCCAUUGCAGGCGCUGCAGUCUGCCGUUGGCCAUCUCUAUGCCCAAGGAUACAGUGUCUCAUUUGAAGAAGUGAAUCAGUACCACCGGGGCCUUCCGCAACAUACAAAACAGCUAGUCAAUCUUCCGUCGUAUCCCUUCAAUCACUCUAGACGAUACUGGUUUGAGACGCGCGAGACUACCAAUGUACGACUUCGCUCCCACGGUCGUCAUGAGCUACUGGGUGCUCCGUCACCAGAGUCACACUCCGGCGAGGCACAUUGGCGUCUCUUUUUCGACCCCGUCCAAACGCCCUGGAUCCUGGACCACGCAGUCAAUGGCAAGGCGAUCUAUCCAGCGACGGGGAUGCUGGUCAUGGCCAUCGAGGGUGCGGAUCAAUUGGUUGAUGCCUCGCAUCCCCGGGCUGGAUAUUUAGUUCACGACGCCACAUUCACGCAUCCGAUUGUGAUCAACCCCUCUGGCCGCGUCCAGGCCAGUCUGUAUAUGCGAGCGACUCGCCCAGCAGAGAAGACUUGCCACUCAUUCGAGUUCCGCAUCUACACUGAGGUCAGCGACCAGCUGCAGGAGACUUGCCGGGGUUAUAUCUCGGUUCAGCUGGCAAGCGAGGAUGUUGUGCUUGAGCGGCAAGAGAAAGCGCAAUCCGCGUAUCACCAGGAACGUUGGGAGGAGAUGCACCGCAAAUGCUCCAAUACUAUCUCUAAACAAGGGAUGUAUGAAGCCCUCGAGACGAACGGGCUGCACUAUGGUCCGGCGUUCCAGGUCAUGGAUUCCAUCACCUGGGAUGGAGACGAGUGCGCGACCGCAGAGAUCCACACGUUCCCCUGGACAGCGAAGCAGUCGCAGCAUGGUCGACAAAGGCACGUCGUGCACCCUGCUACUCUUGACGGCCUUGGCCAGUUGGGCGUCGUGCCGCUCACUCAUGGAGGCCAGAAGCUGCUCACAACGGGGCUGGUAACCACACGUGUCCAGCAGGCCUGGAUCGCGGCAUCAGGAGCAUCGAGUCCCGAUACAUCAUUUCUGCGGGCGUGUGUGCGGUCGCAUACUACAGGAAUGCGAGGUACUGAGACCGAGGUCACUGCGCUAGACGAGUCUGGUCAGGUCAAGAUCUGGAUCUCGUCUUUCGAGACCACGUCCAUGACAACCAACCACGCAAAGACACUGGAAGCGAAGGCGCGUCCACUCUGCGGCAGCAUCGAGUGGAAUCCGGUAUUGGAUUUCAUGACCAAAAGUCAGCUGAGUGCCUGGUGUGACCUGCCUCCUGCCGAUAAUCCACAGGAGCUGUUUGAUCUCCUCGAGGUGCUUCAGCUGUCAUCUGCUCGCCGUGCUAUUGAGCAGCUCAAAGGGCGAUCGACCGCUCACUUGCCAGGUCAUCUCCACAAAUACAUUGAUUACCUGAAAUGGCAGAUACGGAGAUAUGAUGAGGGCACGGUAUCAAUCGCCAUCGAUCAUCCUCUACUUCACUCGUUCGAUCCAGAGGUGACUGCCAAAUUGUGCGAGAAGGUGAAAGCACUCAGCCAGGAGGCUGUUUUCAGCGUGACAGCUGCUCAGAAUUUGGAUGGUAUUCUAGCUGGUACUGCUGAACCUCUAGAUCUGCUUUACCAAGACGACCGGGCCGCCCAGCAUUAUCAAGCGAUCGUGGAUCGUAUGCUUCAACCGGGCCACUUGCGUCGCUAUUUGAAGACUCUGGCCCUCGAGAAUCCGGCCAUGAAAGUCCUCGAAAUUGGGGCCGGGACAGGGUCUUUUACCAGCCAUGUCUUGCAUGCGUUAGCUGGUGAUGGCGGGAGUUCUCGAUUCGGACGCUACGACUACACGGAUAUCUCGGAGGGAUUCUUCGAAAAGGCACGCGAGCGAUUUGGGUUUAUCGGUGGCAAAAUAGCAUUCAGGGCGCUGAAUGUCGAAAAGGCUCCCGAGGACCAAGGGUUCGAGAAGGGCAGCUAUGACUUAAUCGUGGGCGCUUGGGUUCUCCAUACCACCGCAGAUCUAAAUACCGCGACGAGAAAUAUUCGCGAGCUCCUGAAGCCCGGAGGAAAGUUGGUGAUGAUCGAGAUCACCCAGCCCGAGAACAUGCGCACUGCAUUUGUCACUGGAACUCUGCCGGGGUGGUGGAUGGACUACCGUGAACAUGGCGCCUGUGUGGGAAUGGAGAAGUGGAACGACAUCCUGCAGGCAAAUGGAUUCGAUGGGAUUGACCUUGCGAUUCCGGAAUGCGGCGAUGAGAGAUAUGUGGAGCACAGCCUGCUGGUAGCUACAGCAUCCAGAAUACAAUCCCAAUCAACGAUCCGACCUGUUGUGUGUGUCAUCGACCCGGCCUCUGCGCUACAGGCCAGUCUGGUACAGACCCUGCGGCAACGACUGCCCGAAGAGACGGAAUGGAGCGUGGUAUCCAUGAAAGAGCUGGAUGACAUCUCACUGGCUCAAGAUCCCGUGGUUCUCUUCCUUCCAGAGGUAGAAGGUCCAGUUCUUGCCACUAUGUCAGAGACGCUCUACGAUCAACUGCACCGAUUCUUCUGUCGCGCCCAAGAUGUGAUGUGGGUAAUGGCCUCGAGUCCAACAUCUCUAACAGCUCCACGCGUGCAUAUCAUUCAAGGUCUGGUGCACGUACUCUGUACCGAGAAUGAGAGACUGUCUUUCACAACCCUCGACCUCGAAGAUCACCUCGAUCAUCCGACUACAUGGGUUGAUCACAUCCAUCGCCUUCUUCAGGAACGACAGCAACAUCACGGCAAAGACCCUGAGCUCGACUACCGCGAACAGAAUGGCGUGCUGCACGUCGGUCGCGUCAUUGAGGAUCUGGAGCGCAAUAACACCGUGCUGGAACAGACACAGACUCCUGUGAAGUGGAAGCCCUUCCGGCAAGAAGUACCCCUGUCGCUUUAUCUUUCCAACCCGGGAUCACUCGAUGCCAGCACCAUGGUCUUCGUCGAAGACAUGGAACAAUAUCCAGAGCUUGCACCCACGGAUAUGGAGAUUGAAGUCAAGUCAGUGGGUGUGAACUUUCGAGAUGUAUUGACUGCUCUGGGAAGGAUCCGUUCCUCGGACAAUCUGGGCUGCGAGUUUGCCGGUGUUGUGACUCGUGUUGGUAAGAACUGCGUCGGCUUUCAGCCUGGAGAUACAGUCUGUGCAGUAGCCUUUCGAUGCGUCCGCACAUUGGCUCGCUGUGAUUAUCGCCAAUGCUGUCGCAUCCCUGCGGGUGUGUCCAUGGCCACGGCCGCUUCAGUACCCACCAUCGGAGUCACGGCCUACCACUCUCUCAUUAUCCUGGCACGCUUGCAACCUGGAGAAUCGGUUCUGAUCCACUCAGCAGCAGGGGGUACAGGACAGCUCGCCAUCCAGGUGGCUCGGAGUGUGGGAGCCAAGAUCUUCGUGACUGUCGGGUCGCAGGAGAAGGCCCGAUUCUUGCAGGACCGAUACGGCAUCGCUGAAGACCAUAUCAUGUACAGUCGUGACACGACGUUUUCUCGACACAUACGGCGCAUGACGGAUGGUCAAGGUGUGGACGUCAUUCUGAACUCGCUCUCGGGCGAUGCUCUCGUGGCAUCAUGGGAGUGCAUCGCACCAUACGGACGGUUCAUUGAACUUGGCAGGGCCGACAUCGACAGCAAUUCUAAGCUGCCGAUGAGGCACUUUGAAAAGAACGUGUCUUUCUUUGUUGUUUCAGUGGACAGGAUGUCGGAGGAGCGGCCAGCACUCAUCCGACAGUCCCUGCAGCCGAUCAUGGACAUGAUGGAAGCCGGCACGUUGCACCCUCCAUGGCCGUUGCAGGAGUUCUCUCUUUCGUCGAUAGAGGAGGCCCUUCGUUUAAUGCAGAAUGGGAGGCACACGGGCAAGCUAGUGAUCAAUUUCAACCCGACCGAUAUCGUCCCGAUCUCCAUACGACAUACCCCGUCGUACAGCUUCCCCUCAGACGCAACAUAUGUGAUUGCGGGAGGGCUGGGCGGAUUAGGACGCAGUGCUGCGCGCUGGAUGGCAAACAUGGGAGCCAAAAAUCUCAUUUUACUUUCUCGAUCGGGGCCCAAGUCGGACGCUGCUCGGAAGCUGAUCGCGGACCUUGCCUCUCAAGGGGUAUGUGUCCGCGCACCAAAGUGCGAUGUCGCCGACAUCCUUGCGAUGAAAGCUGCACUGGGCGAAAGUGUCGACCUCCCUCCGAUCCGAGGUUGUCUGCAAGCCACGAUGGUUCUACAGGACGCCAUCUUCGAAAACCUCACCUACGUACAAUGGACCACGGCCAUUCGUUCCAAGGUCCAGAGCACAGAGAACCUACACGCCAUCCUGCCAUCCAACAUGGAUUUCUUCGUCAUGCUAUCGUCGCUGGCAGGGGUGGUCGGGUCCGUUUCGCAAGCCGCCUAUGCAGCCGGAAACACGUUCCAGGACGCCUUCGCGACAUACAGACGCAGCCUCGGUCAGGAGGCCGUCUCCCUUGAUCUGGGCCGCAUGGGCGAGGUAGGCAUCAUUGCCGAGAACACGAAGUAUUCACGACAUAAAGAAGACGUGCCCGUGAUGGAGGACGUUUCAGAGCGAGAGUUCCAUGCGAUGCUGGAACAGGUUUGUCGAUCGACCCUAGGCUCAGCUCAGGACUCGAAAACGGGCCAGAUCUUGCUGGGUAUGGCGACCCCGGCCCAGAUGCGCGCUGCGGGUAUAGACCCGCCCUCGUGGGUCCUGGAGCGCUCAUUGUUCAGUGUCCUGCCGCAGGAGGCUACUACGGAGGAAGUCCAAUUGGAUUCGAAUGCUGCAACCUCCACGGCCGCUGGAAACUGGCAGGUAGCUUUGGCUAAGGCUAGUCCUGAGGCCGCCGGAUCGGUUGUUGUGGACGGGCUGACGCAGAAACUGGCGCACGCGCUGGAUGUUGCAGCUGGGGAGAUCGAUUCGCAGCGAUCCAUGGCAGUACAGGGUGUAGAUUCACUGUUAGCUGUGGAGCUGAGGCAGUGGAUUUCCAAGGCGUGGAAGGCAGAUGUAUCGGCAUUGGAUAUCACCAGUACGCCCAGUUUGGAGGAGCUGGCGGUGCUAAUUGUGGGCCGAAGUGAGUUGCUGAAGAAGGACUCGCAGUAGUCGAUAGUGAAUCAUCCAUCUGAGCGCUAUGGGGAAAUACCUCUAUUGAGAUGUACGACGGUGACCGGCGACUGAUAUCGAUUAAAUUGCUACAUGUCGAAAUGCGG